AUGCCUCUGCCUCGUCAAGUAUUCAUCGCCGUUAUCGGUGCUGGUGGCGUGGGCAAAGCCUUCCUCUCCCAACUGUCCGCCCUCUCCAAACGCCUCUCCCAGUCACCCUCGUCACCCUACUAUCUAUCCCUCAUCUGGCUCAGCACCUCCAAGAAAGCUGUCUACCACGCCGACUACAAAUCCCUCUCCAACUGGGAGUCUGAGCUUCAGAACACCUCCAAUCCCACAUUGCCUCUCCCUCAACUCUGCGAAUACCUACAGAAAGCGCCUGGUAAGGUGGUAUUGGUGGAUAAUACCAGCAACCAGGAUGUUGCCGACAGUUACCCCAAUUUCCUCAAGAAGGGUAUUAGCAUUGUAACACCAAACAAGAAGGCUUUCUCUGGCAGCUAUGGGCUGUGGACGCAGAUCUUCGACGCUGCGAGCAACGGAAAUGGUGCUGGCGGCUACGUCUUCCACGAGUCAUCAGUCGGCGCAGGACUACCUGUCAUCUCCACACUGAAGGAUCUGGUCGAGACUGGAGACGAAGUCACAAAGAUUGAGGGUGUUUUCAGCGGAACCAUGAGUUUCCUCUUCAACUCCUUCCAGCCUCUCGGUGGCGGAGGCGGAAAGUUCUCAGCCGAAGUCACAUCAGCCAAAGAAAAGGGUUACACAGAACCCGACGCCCGUGACGAUUUGAACGGUUUAGACGUCGCCCGCAAACUCACCAUCCUCGCUCGUCUCGCUGGCCUGAAGGUCGAAUCACCAACUUCCUUCCCCGUACAGUCUCUCAUUCCCAAAGAGCUCGAGUCCUGCUCGUCCGGCGACGAGUUCCUUGAGAAGCUCCCACAGUACGACGACCAAAUGGAAAAGCUGAAGGCCGAGGCAGAGAAGGAGGGCAAAGUCAUCCGCUUUGUAGGAAGCGUGGACGUGCCAAACAACAAGGUCAAGGUCGGCUUGGAGAAGUUCAACACAAGCCAUCCGAUUGCAGCACUCAAAGGAAGCGACAACAUCAUCGCAUUCUACACGAAGCGAUACGGCGACAACCCACUCAUCAUCCAGGGAGCGGGUGCCGGCGGCGAAGUCACUGCCAUGGGUGUCACAGCGGACCUGGUCAAGGUGCUUCGGUUACUUCACUAA